GCAAGAUGGUCCUUCAACUAUCGCAGCGAAUCUGGAUGUUUUGGAAGCAAAGAUGGAGGAGUCUGCAAAGAAGGGAGUGCAACUCUUGGUAACGCCGGAGUAUGGACUCACUGGUUUCCCGGGCCAAGAACGCAGCCGAUGGUGGGAUUAUGCAAUCGACAUUCCAGAUUUGAUUGUUGGAGAAUCUGUUUAUCCCAACCCUUGCUUAGAAGCAAGCCAAUUUCCAGGGGCAGUCACAAGGCUGAGUUGCGCAGCACGAGCACAUGGACUUGCGGUCAUAGUCGGUCUGAUUGAUAUGAAGCAGUGCUCGUUUCAAUCUUUUCCCAGCUGCGGUUCCAGAGAUGAUGGAUGGCUCUUGUUCAACACAGCUUUAGCUUUUGAUGCAGAUGGUGCAUAUAUUGCCAAGUAUCACAAGGCCAAUCUGUGGGGAGAAGAUGCCGUGGAUCCAGGUCAUGACUGCAAACUUCCAGAAUUUUAUUCACGAAAGCUGAACACAACUUUUGGAAUGUUCAUUUGUGCAGAUUUAGUCAAUGCUUGGCCAGUCUUGGAACUGGUUGGCCGGGGCAUUCAGCACUUUGUGAUGCCUUUGAGUUGGUCCAAUGAAAUGUUUCAAAUGCAGCCACUAUCAUGGAUUCAAGCCUGGAGCAAACUCAUGAAUGUGACUGUGGCCGCUGCAAAUACUCGUUCUCGGGGUUCCACCAGUGGCAGUGGCAUUUUCUAUGCAGGCAUUCCUCUGGCAGUUGCAUACAACCUGUCCACUGAAGCGCCAGACGAGUUAGCCGUGGCAGACGUGCCUGAAUUCUCCCCUCCACUUCAUUUGCCAGCAGUGUGUCCAACGUCAGCCACAUAUCCCCCAGCAAUUAAGCCACACUGGUCACAGUGGUUGACAUAUCAACUGAAUAUGUCAGUGGGAAGCCAUCAUCUGGCAGUGUGCAGCAACUACCAGCCUGGUUUUGCCCACAGUGCAACUUGUUGCAAUGUGACAUACACAUCCAAGAGAGAAGGCCGAGGCUAUGUUAUGGCUCUGCUAAAUGGCCUUGAUUUUGCACCUGGAAUUGCGCCAUGGGCAGGCGAGGCAUGCGCAAUACUACCGUGUCCUGAUGAUUCCCCAACCGACUGCUUGUCCUAUCCUACAGAGGCUCUUCUAGAUCACAGGGCUAACUGGUUUGGUGAAUUUUCAGUCGUGGAGCUGACGGUAGCAUUUUCCGUCUCUCAGCUUGUCUUCCCGCAGGUCUUAGCCGGCCCAGACAGAUUACUUCUUCCUGCAGCCUGGCACCUCGAGAGUGCUAAAGGUACAGGGACUGUGCACAGCCUCAUGCUAUCCGGCGAGGAUGCUGCAGACCUGGUCUCACUUCAAUUGUAUGGGCGCCCGUACAUGAAGGACCCUAAUUCGAGCCACAAGUGCCCAUGUGUUCCAUCAAGCAUUUGGUUCUGA